AUGGCCUCUCGCAGCGCUCCGCUCCGCCGCUCUGACCGUAGCUCCGCAUGCACCCCAUUGCGAGAAUCCUGUGAUGUUAAGUCUUCAGGUGCACUGAAAAGUUCUCUGACCUCUGAAACAUGUCAGCAGGUUAGGAAACAGAAAAGUGAGACAAAUCUGAACAGUGAUAAGAGUGUAACUGCUUCUGGAACUGGAAAGAGAUUUGCAUCUCUUGGGUUAACACCAGCUAAUGGGACCCGGAAGCCUACAAAAGAUCUUAUGCUUAUGAAAGAGAAAAAGAAACAGAAGGCACUGGAGAAGGAGAUUCGUGCAUUAGUGAGAGAGCGUGGAGAGCAGGAUAAAAAACUUAUGGCUCUGGAAGAGGAUUUUGUUAAGGCUGAAGCCAAGCUGAGUGCUGCAGUUCAGGAGAAAACAUCUCUUUUGGCAAAUGUUGCAUGCCUGAAAAAACAGCUUCUGGAAUUAACAAGAACCAAUGAACUACUGAAGUCAAAGCUGUCUGAAGAUGGUAUGCAGAAGAAAAUGAGCAGCUUGUGCAUGGAAUUAAUGAUGCUCAGAAACAAGAGGGAUGCUAAGGAAAAGACUGCACUUGCAAAGCAAGAAAACAUGGAAAUGAAGCUGCAGGAAGUGCAAAGGAAUCUAGAGCAUUCCAAAGGAAAAGUAGCACAGUUAGAAGAAAAACUGUCUGCUACUGAGAGAGAGAAAAUUGAAGAAAAAUCUGACACUGAAAAACUCCUGGAAUAUAUCACAGAGCUCAGCAGUGUUGCAGACACAGUUGAGAAAUACAAACUAGAUGUUGCCCAAAUGGAGGAGACUCUGACAAAGAAAGACCAAGAUAUUCAGAUCCUGAAGGAAACCCUCAAAACAAAAGAAGAAGAAUCAUUUAAACUGACACAAGAACUUAAUGAAAGUCAAAUGCUUCAACAAGAAAAAGAGAAAGAGCUGUCUGAGAUCAGAGGAAAAUUUCAGAGUAUGAAUGCUGAAAUGGAAGACCUGAAAAAAACAAUUGGCUUAAAAGAACACCACCACCAAAACCUGCUUCAGAAACAUGAUGAGAUGAUUUCUCAGCUGCAGCAAGAGAAGGAGUCAUCUGCAUUAAUGCACCAGAAGUUACUAGAGUUUCAAGAUGAGGUAGCAAGUGAGAGACAUCUUCUUGAAGAAGAGCUGAAUGAUACAAUGCAUGAGCUCAAUAAAUUACAUGCUAAGGAGAAGAAAGCUGAAAAGUUGGUGAAGCAGCUGGAACGAGAAAUCCACUCUCAAGCUCUUGAACUUGCACAGAUGGAGGAGAAGUUGAAAGGAAAGAAUGCUGAGUUGGAGCAAAUCAACAAAACACACAGCAAUGCUGUUUUGCAGAUCCAAGAAGAGCAUAGCAAUACAUUGUGUAAACUUGGGCAGACUGUUGCUGAGUUUGAAAGCUACAAGAAGACAGCAGCUGAAGAAAUACACAACCUUAAACUGGAGAACACCUCUCUGGAAGAAGAAGUUGCCAGCCUAAAAAAAAUAGGCCAAGAUAACCUACAGCAGCUUCAAGAAGCAGAAAAUGCUAAAAAUAAAGCAAAAGAAGAAUGUGCAAGGAUGGUUUUGGAAGUCCAGACAAAGCUUGCACUAAAAGAAGCAGAAGUGGAGAGAACAAGAGAGUCUUGUCUUGCACAAAUGACUAAACUUCAGGAUAAACUGAAAGAAGAAACUGAAAAUCUGAAAAGAAAACUUGAAGUGGAAAGCUCAAGGAAAACCAUAAAUGAAGAUAUGACCUCUAGCUUAAAAGAAGAGAUAAAGACCUGGCGUAACCUGUAUGAGGAGUUGCAUAAUAAAACUAAGCCUUUUCAGCAACAACUAGAUGCAUUUGAAGCAGAGAAGAAUGCACUCUUAAAUGAGCAUGGUGCAGCCCAAGAAGAAUUGAAUAAACUAAGUGAUGCCUAUGCUAAACUACUUGGCCACCAGAACCAGAAGCAAAAAAUCAAGCAUGUUAUGAAGCUCAAGGAAGAGAAUAUUCAUCUGAAGCAGGAUGUCUCAAAACUGCGUACAUUGCUAGCAAAAGAAAAGCAAACCAGCAGAGACCUUCAGGAGCAACUGUGUGCAAUUCAGGGCAUCAGGCGUUUUGAUCCUUCCAAAGCUUUCCAGCAUGAUCGCAAGGAAAAUAUUCCUCCAAAAACUCCUUUCAAAGAAGGUAAUCGCCAAUAGAUGUACAG